AUGGGGACGGGGCAGGUGCUGUUCCACCGCUUCUUCUACUCCAAGUCCUUCGUCAAACACAACUUCGAGAUUGUUGCUAUGGCCUGCAUCAAUCUCGCUUCCAAAAUUGAAGAAGCACCUCGCCGUAUAAGAGAUGUGAUAAAUGUGUUUCAUCAUUUGCGGCAGUUAAGAGCAAAAAGGACUCCAAGCCCAUUGAUACUUGAUCAGAACUACAUAAACACCAAAAAUCAAGUAAUCAAAGCAGAAAGGAGGGUACUGAAGGAGUUGGGAUUUUGUGUUCAUGUCAAGCAUCCACAUAAGAUCAUUGUUAUGUAUUUACAAGUUUUAGAAUGUGAACGUCAUCAAACCCUCGUUCAGACAGCCUGGAAUUACAUGAAUGACAGUCUUCGAACUAAUGUGUUCGUUCGUUUUCAACCAGAGACGAUAGCGUGUGCUUGUAUUUAUCUUGCUGCUAGAGCUCUUCAGAUUCCACUACCUACUCGUCCUCAUUGGUUUCUACUCUUUGGCACCACAGAAGAUGAGAUUCAGGAGAUAUGUCUAACAACUCUUAAGCUUUAUACUAGGAAAAAGCCUAAUUAUGAAUUGCUGGAUAAAGAAGUAGAAAAGAGAAAAAUGGCAUUACAGGAAGCUAAACUUAAAGCAAAAGGAUUAAACCCAGAUGGUACUCCAGCUCUCUCAACACUGGGUGGCUUUUCUCCUGCUUCCAAACCAUCUUCCCCAAGAGAAAUGAAAACUGAAGAAAAAACACCAGUAUCUGUGAAUGCCAAAACUAUUAAAAAAGAACCAGAAGAAAGGCAGCUAGCUUCAAAGAGUCCUUACAAUGGCAUGAGAAAAGAAAGCAAGAGAAGUAGAAGCAGCAGAAGUGCUAGUAGAUCAAGAUCGAGAACAAAGUCACGGUCUAGAUCUCAUACUCCUAGGAGACAUUACAAUAAUAGGAGAAGCUUAUCGGGAACAUACAGCUCAAGGUCCAGAAGCAGGUCCCGAAGUCACAGUGGCAGUCCUCACAGACAUCAUAAUCAUGGAUCUCCACACCUAAAAACCAAGCACAGCAGGGAAGAGUUGAAGAGUGCAAAUAGGCAUGGUCACAAAAGGAAAAAAUCUCGCUCACGCUCUCAGAGUAAAUCCAGGGAUCACACUGAUGCUGCUAAGAAACACAGGCACGAACGGGGACAUCACAGGGACAGGCGUGAAAGAUCCCGCUCAUUUGAGAGAGCUCAUAAAGGCAAGCACCAUAGCAGCAGUCGUUCAGGACAUAGCAGACACAGACGCUAAAUUUUGGGCCUGUACCUGAUUUUAGUUAAACCUGUAUAUAAUAGAACAUAUGGACUGUGAGAUUGAAGAAGAAACUGAUUAGGAUUUGUCUUAUUUAAAGCCCAACUUCUAACUUUCUAAAACAUGUAUGGCAUUUUUUUCCUUUGGAAGAGCGAGCUAUCAGUUAAAUUUUUGCACAUAAAAUACCUUAGCAGUAUCAAAUGAUUUAUUGAAAACAAUGAUCAGGUUAAACUGUACAUAUUAGAGUUGUGUAUUGUUCAUCAAUAUCAGAACUGGAGAGCAUAUUUCUGUUAAAAAAUACAUUAUUUUUAUACAGGCCAGUUGCAGACGCUGAUAUUUAAGUAUAGUUAUUUGUCUAAACAAUGGUGAAUACUUUCUUACACUGGUUUUAGUCUGCAUGUGUAUAAAAGAUUUUUACAAGAAAUAAAAUAUAGUGCUGGUUUUUUA